AUGCAACACAAAAGGAUUGGAUUUUCAUCAUUUCCAGUCCAAAUACCUUCUUCUCUUUCAUCAUUCCCCAUUCCUCCCCCACCAAUUCAUCUACUUCCAAAUUCUUCACUUUCUCUUCCUUCUCUUCUACCUCCUCCUAAAAAGAAAGAAGCUUCAAAAAGACGAAGAAGAUCGUCCUUUUCUUGUGAUGGAACUAAAAAAUUAAUUCCUUUUACAGAGGUAGAAUGGAAGUAUGUUCAACGAAAGUUUAUGAAUGAAGAUCAGCACACUUUGAGGGAGUUGACAAAUAUUAUGAAUAUGUGGCUGGAUAGAAUGUGGCAUGAUACUCCCGUUUUUAUCAGCAUUUCUGAAUUAGUCCUUAGAGCACUUGUGCUUGAUCAGAAACGUCAUGGCGCUAAAGGAAGUGUUGGUUUAGAUAAUGCGGAUGUUGGGUUAAUUCUUUGUUCGGUUAUUAUAAGGUGGGGAGUUUUUUUUAAUUUUUUGAUUAAAAUAAUGGAUGAGAGUAUACUAAGGUUUUUAAUUUUGAGAAAAUUUUGUCUUUCUAUUAAUUUUCGUUAUACCUAUUAA